CUCCCAUCUUCCAAACAACCUCAACCUCCACCUCCACCUCCAACCCCUCCUUUCUACUACAACUCUAUCGUGUUGGGCAUCAAUACAGCUCUUACGAUACAUAAUACACUCCACGAAACUUUUGGAACUUGGUCUACCGUCAUUCUUCAUCAACCCCUCUUUUCCGAUACCUUAGCAACCACACAUCGCCAUCAUGUUCGUGUGGAAACGCGGUAUGUCCUCUGCCACAACAAAGGCAACAAAUAUCUAAUGAAUGGCCAGAUGGACGUAAGGAGCGUGUCCAGUUCGACAAGAUCACAGCUCGUGUCUCUCGACUGUGUUAUGGCCUUGACGCCGACCAUGUCGAUGCCGCAGCAAUCACACAAAAAGUCAUCUCUGGUGUCUACCAAGGUGUCACCACAAUAGAGCUCGAUAAUCUGGUAUGUCCCGAGUCUCCUACAUUGAGCUUCCCUUGCUGACACCUAUUGAAAGGCUGCAGAGACCGCUGCAUACAUGACCGUCACUCAUCCCGAUUAUGCCAUCCUCGCUGCAAGAAUUGCAGUUUCCAACCUCCAUAAGCAGACCAAGAAGCAAUUCUCGACCGUGAUUUCCGACUUAUACCACUAUGUCAAUCCUCGAAACAAGAGAGAGUCACCCAUGAUCAGCAAAGCAACAUAUGAGUGUGUCAUGAAGCAUGAGGCCGAGCUCAACUCUGCCAUUGUGUACGACCGUGAUUUCAACUACCAAUACUUCGGUUUCAAGACCCUCGAGCGAUCAUAUCUACUCCGUCUUGAUGGCAAGAUCUGUGAACGUCCACAACAUAUGAUUAUGCGUGUUGCUGUUGGUAUUCACGGUGAUAAUAUUGAGGCUGCCAUUGAAACCUACAACUUAAUGUCCAGCAAAUACUUCACCCACGCCUCUCCAACACUUUUUGCUGCCGGUACUCCACAAGCACAACUCUCAUCAUGCUUUCUUAUCGACAUGAAGGAGGACAGCAUUGAUGGUAUUUAUGACACUUUGAAGACUUGCGCUAUGAUUUCUAAGAACGCUGGUGGUAUCGGUCUUAAUGUCCAUAGAAUCCGUGCCACUGGAGCCUACAUUGCUGGUACAAACGGAAACUCCAACGGAAUCGUUCCUAUGCUUCGAGUGUUCAACAACACCGCCCGAUACGUUGAUCAGGGUGGCAACAAGCGUCCUGGUGCUUUUGCCAUCUACCUUGAGCCAUGGCACGCUGAUGUCUUUGAGUUCCUCGACCUUAGAAAGAACCACGGAAAGGAAGAGGUCCGUGCCCGUGAUCUAUUCUAUGCUCUCUGGAUUCCAGAUUUGUUCAUGAAGCGUGUUGAAAAGAACCUUGACUGGACAUUGAUGUGCCCUAACGAGUGUCCUGGUUUGGCUGACGUUUACGGUGAUGAGUUUGAGGCUUUGUAUGAGAAAUACGAGGCUGAGAACAUGGGCCGUAAGACCGUCAAGGCUCAAAAGCUUUGGUACUCUAUCCUCGAAGCUCAGACCGAGACAGGAAACCCUUUCAUGCUCUACAAGGAUGCCUGCAACCGAAAGAGCAACCAGAAGAACCUUGGUACCAUCCGAAGCUCCAACCUGUGCACGGAGAUUGUUGAGUACUGUGCACCAGAUGAAGUCGCUGUUUGCAAUUUGGCAUCACUUGCUCUUCCAACAUAUGUUGAUGAAAAGACCGCCACUUAUGACUUCCAGAAGCUUCACGAGGUCUGCCAAGUUGUUGUCAAGAAUUUGAACAAGAUCAUUGAUAUCAACUACUACCCAGUUCCAGAAGCAAGAAAGAGCAAUUUCCGUCACAGACCCAUUGCUCUUGGUGUUCAAGGUCUUGCUGAUGCUUUCUUGGCACUUCGUCUUCCUUUCGAGUCGCCAGAGGCUAAGCACCUCAACAUCCAAAUUUUUGAGACAAUCUAUCACGCUGCUCUGACUGCAUCGGUCGAGUUGGCCAAGACCCACGGAACAUAUGAGACAUAUGAAGGUUCACCAGCCUCCAAGGGCGAGCUUCAAUAUGACAUGUGGGGCAAGACACCAACCGACCUUUGGGACUGGGCUAGCUUGAAGCAACAGAUUGCUCAACACGGUCUUCGCAACAGUUUGCUCGUUGCUCCUAUGCCAACUGCUAGUACCAGUCAAAUUCUUGGAUUCAACGAAUGCUUCGAGCCAUACACCUCCAAUAUUUACUCACGACGUGUUCUUGCCGGAGAGUUCCAAGUUGUCAACCCAUGGCUUCUGAAGGAUCUUGUUGAUAUGGGACUUUGGUCUGACAACAUGAAGAACCGAAUCAUUGCUGAUGGCGGAUCAAUCCAAAACGUUCCAAACAUCCCAGCUGAUAUCAAGGCUCUUUACAAGACCGUUUGGGAGAUCUCACAACGUACUAUCGUCCAGAUGGCUGCUGAUCGAGGUGCAUUCAUUGAUCAAUCUCAAUCAAUGAACAUCCACAUGAAGGACCCAACCAUGGGUAAGAUCACCAGUAUGCAUUUCGCAGGUUGGAAGUUGGGCCUCAAGACUGGAAUGUACUAUCUUCGAACCAUGGCUGCCUCAGCACCAAUUCAAUUCACCGUUGACCAAGAGGCCCUUCUUGUCGCUGAUACCAACGUUGCUCGCGAACGUCUCCGAAACAAGCGAGGCCCUUCAGCCAGUGAUAACUCGGAAUCAGGCACCCCUCGUCCAAUGUACAUUAAGCAGAAAACCAACACCAACACCACGAACGGCGUUCCCACCCCGUCUACCACACCACCUCCAGCCUCGGAAAACAAGAAGUUCUCUCCUGCCGCUGUCAUCAACACACCUUCCUUCAAGGCUGAUGUCCCCGAAGGCGACAGUCCCAAGGCUCUGGCUACAGAACCUUCUUCUGUCCCUCCAAAGCAGGAGGAGCUUCCUGCUCCCGAGGUCGCAGUCAAGAAGCAGGAGGAGGAUAAGGCUGAGGACAGCACGGAUCGGGAACAUGAUAUUUAUGCUGAGGCUGCAUUGCAGUGUAAAUUUUCUCCUCCCUUACUAUAUUUUUGAGUGGAUACUGAUGAGUUUAUAGGCAGCAUCGAUAAUAAAGAGGAGUGUAUGAUGUGCAGUGGUUAGAUGAUUCGUCCUUCUGAUGACACGUGUGCAUAGAUGAGGUAAUCGGGAUGCUUUUGAAAAGAAGUUCUUCGUUUCGACUGAUGAUGGAUGGAUACAUGGUAGCAUGCUCAGCUCGCGCUUUGUCGUUGUAUUUUUUGUGGUUGGCCUACUUUUUUUCACUUUUCUUUUGAUAUUAUGAUGCUAUGCGUGUAGGCGGGUGGUCGGGCGUUGGAUUGAUUGAUGGAUUAUGGAUACCUUACAACAAUCAUUUGGUGAUAUUGGUUUUUGUAUUCUUGAAGCGAAUGAAUGAUGGGUGGCCUGAAUUGGAUGCUAUGAAAUGGCAUGGGACGGAAGGAUGGAUGGAUGGAUGAAUCAAUGCAUGUGGUAUAUGGUAGUUAGGUAGCCUAGC